AUGAAGUGGGGGCUGGCAGCCGCCAUGGCUUCCGCCGCGGCCGUCGCGGCGGCGUCUGGCGCCGAGCUCCUCGCCUGCGAUUGCGACUCGUCUGCCCCGGCGGCCGCCCCUGCCGCGACCGUUGGAAGGUGCGAUGGGCUGGUGCUCUCCCGGCAGCACCACGACGACGAGGUCCACGAGGAAUCCUCGUCGGUGUCGAGGGAGAACAGUCAUAGUGGCGGUCGCCGUGGGGACCGGUUCGCGCCGCGGUUCGACGGCCUGCGCUUCAUCGAGACGCUCGUCACGGCGCACCGCUGA